UCUUCCAUGAAUUGCAGACAGGUGCAGGUGGCGGCGGUGGCGCCCUGGUGAACGGCGUGUCCGUGAUAGAUGUCUCCAGUGCGCUGGAGCAAGCGGCGGAUUCCAGCAACGAGAGCACGAGCGGCGGCGGUCCGGCAGGCGGCGCUAGCGAAUCCGCGACAGGCGACAGCAGCGUCGUCGACGAUCAACAGCAGCUGCGGCGGCCGCAGCUGACGCGAUCGCGGCGGCCGGCUCGCCACAUUUCAUCACAGUCACAGUGGCUGAGACAGGUGACAGUGUGGCGUCUCAUCAAGGAUAUCACAUUCAGUACGUCGAACCCGAAAUCUACGCUUCACAAAAUGGCGGUCAAGCACAAAUGGCGUACCCGGUGUAUACAGUGGGCAGCGAUUCCACUCUGUACCCGAUCGCGGCCGCUGCGGCGGCCGCCGCGGCCGCUCAGUCAGGCGGGGGCGGUACCGGAGGCGGGCAGCAAACGCAACAGCAGCAGUACUACGCGACGGCUGCCGGAGGAGGCGGUGCUACGGUGGGAUACGCGACCACAGGCCCGGCGGGACAGUACGUCGUCCAACAUGCCGUAGAUGCGGAUUCACUUAUGGGAUCGAGGGUUUCGCCGCAAACCACGGGAGCGGAUUCGAACUAUGUAGCUACAGCGACUGUGCAUGCCGGUCAAACGUCUGCUCAAGUGGUCACUGGCGACGAUAUUAGCUCAGCAAUGGGACACGCUACAAGAGUAUCGCCAGCUACAGUCCAAUGGUUAUUGGAGAACUACGAAACUGCAGAAGGCGUCUCAUUGCCACGUUCUACCCUUUAUGCCCACUAUCUGCGUCACUGUGCCGAAAAUAAACUGGAACCUGUUAACGCUGCUUCUUUUGGGAAAUUGAUACGCUCAGUGUUUCUAGGCUUGAGAACACGAAGGUUGGGAACCAGAGGUAACUCGAAGUAUCACUAUUACGGCAUCAGGGUGAAACCGGGUUCGACAUUGAUGAACAUGGAAGAGUCCAGCGGAAGAAUGGUUCUGGCCGCAUCUGGAAGCAACAGCGGGAAAGCUCACGGAACAGUUAGACCGUUCAAAAGGAACUCUGACUCUAACGAUUCCAUGAACAGUGGUCUCACGCAACACGCUAGCUUUUUAGGCGACGGGAGUACCGCAAUACCAGCAUUCCCGGAAAUCCGGUUGCUAGAGCCUCUACCGGAAGAGUGCGUCAGUUAUGAGGACGUGGACACCCUAAAAUCGAUCUAUAGAGAACAUCUCGAGGCGUUCCUGGACGCGAUACUUAGCUUGGAAUUUGCCACGGUCGAAUCUUUAUGGAGAGAAUUUUGGAGAUCUCAGUACAAUAAUAAUAGCGACGAAUGCGAAGAGGAGAAAUAUCUGUCGAAGGCAAAACUGUUCUGCUUGUGCAGUUACGAGCCGGUACAACAGUUCAUGAGACAAGUGGAUUUGGUGUUCUAUCAGAACUUGAUACAAGUGUUGGUGCCUGACGUGUUGAAACCCAUACCGGCCACUUUGACGCAGAGCAUCCGAAACUUCGCCAAAAAUUUAGAAAAUUGGUUAACGAGCGCCAUGGCCGGAGCUCCACCGGCGAUGCUGCAAAUCAAACUGACUGCUGUUUCGGCGUUCAGCUCCAGUUUGAGACGCUACACGUCUCUAAAUCAUUUGGCGCAGGCUGCCAGGGCCGUACUGCACAAUAGCAAUCAGAUCAAUCAGAUGUUGGCCGAUCUGAACAGGGUGGAUUUUCAUUCGGUCCGUGAACAGGCCUCCUGGGUUUGUCAAUGCGACAACGACAUAGUAGCGCGUUUUGAAAACGACUUCAAGUUGACGUUGCAACAGCAAAAUUCGUUGGAACAGUGGGCGUCGUGGCUGAAAAACGUGGUGAAAAGUGCAUUAAAACCGUACGAAGGCAAGCCGAGUUUCUCAAAGGCUGCCAGGCAGUUUUUGUUGAAGUGGAGUUUCUACAGUUCUAUGGUGAUAAGAGACCUGACCCUGAGGUCGGCUGCAAGUUUUGGAUCUUUCCAUCUGAUCCGGUUAUUGUACGACGAGUACAUGUUCUAUUUGAUCGAGCACCAAGUUGCUGAGGCCACCGGAGUAGUGCCUAUCGCAGUCAUACUGGAAGGAAUCAAACAAGACAUAAUGGACAACAACUUGAGCGUGUACGGCAGCGAUCCAGUCAGUUUGAGCAAAAUGCGGUGCGUGAGUCCGAGCGAGUGCAAGCGCGCGAAGAUUAGCUAGCUCAAAAAGCGCAUCAAGGUCGUACCGUUGCGAUGCUGUCGACUCGACUAGAGGUCGUACGAUGUUCCAGUUCCAGUACCUUAUUGUUUGUUUCACCUUUGGAUCGAUCCGUUCUUUACAUUGGGACCACCAUACGUUUCAUCGUUUAAUCACAACUUAAAUGGAUGAUUCAUUUAUAGGCACUUUUUUAAAAACAUGUAAAAGUUGAUUACAUUCAGUACACAUAAAUGAAUUACUCGUUACGAUACUACGCAGUUUUUUCAGCGAAUUUGCGAUAAAACAGCACCGACAACGUAUAAAAGAAGUUGAAGUUGUGUCCUGUCACGUUUUGUUUGUAAAUAGUGGCUUUUGCAUGAAAUAAACAGUCAUAUGCAGCUCUGAUGGAAAGAAACAUCGAGGACGACGGCGGCGUUCUAUCAAAAUCUGCAAUAAAAUGUAGUUUUCCAUUAAAAAAAAACAUUUUUUUUGUCAGCUAAUAAAAGUAAAAACAUUUUCGUAGGCUACAUUUAUUUUUUUAUAUACAUUGCGUAAUAACGGAGUUAUCGAUCGAGUUCUGUAAAGUGGCAAUUUUGAGAUUUGCCGUUGAUAGUUCGACACAAGUUUUGAAUUCUAUGAAUUUUUUUACCAGACCGUUUGCUCAAAAAUUGAUUUGAACCUUUUAGGUAAAAUCCGCCUUAACCCACUCGACUUUGAAAAUACGCUGUUUUUAUUGAAAAUUCUCCUUAUCCAGUCUUUUGUCGUACUAGAAAUAUUGCCUCAUUUUUCCACAUCAUCCUGGAAGUUGCAGAGCUGUGUAGUAUCGUAUAAGUUUGUGGUUUCAUUCGGUUUUUCUCUAUUUGACACUGUUCCUCGGGUGUUGCUUAAUAUAAGAAAUAGUGCAAUCUUUCUCAUUCAUUUUGAUGAAAAUAUUGUAAGUGCCGUCAAAUUCGUGUGACAAAUAAUAGUUGUAUAUAAAUAUAUUAGAUGUAUUUGUGUCACUUAUUUUCGUUGGUAGCAAAAGCGAGUCUUCGGAGCAAGCUUGCGAUCAACUCGCGUGGUCAGGAAAGAUUUUUUGUUUAGUGCAUAAUUCUGCGUCGCCGUAACAUUUAAAAAACGUUCAGUUAAAAAAAUUACUCAUUAAACUUAUUAAAGCAUGACAUUUCAGGAGAAAAAGAAACUGGGUUUACUUAUCAUAUUCAUUUUGACUAAAUCGUGAAUUACGAGUGUCAAGGUCUGCAAAAUUGAAAAACUUUUUGCCAAUUUUAUGACCUUGAAUGUGACAUCAAGGUAAUUUCAAGGUCAACGACAUUUUUUAAGUGGCCCCAUAAUUUUGACGCCGGAAAUGGAUAAAGCGGAACAUUUUACGUCGGUAUGAUGAGUCCUUAACAUAUAAAAGUCAUGGUCAAGGUCUAAUAUCGGUGAAAUGAACCAUGAAAGUAAAUUCUACCCAAGCAUGGUCUUAGGUUUUUUCUGGAUUCGCGACGGUGACAUUGAAUUCGACCUUGACCUUCAAGGUCAUUCCAAGGUCAAGUCUAUUUUUUAAUUGAAAUAUGAUUUCUUUAAGGCCCUCACAGGUCUUAAGUUUGAAAUGCCCUUUGAGGUCAAGGUCAAACGCAAGGUCGCUUUAAUUUCGAUAAUAUUUUCCGGAUAAUUUCAAGUGAUUCUCAUUUCACUGACGAAUUGUGAGCAGUAGCAUUUGCGGAUAGAUUAUACACUAAACUAAGAAUCUUUCCCCAAUGACUUUAGUUAAUUUAUUUAAUUUAUGGAGUACUAAUUUAUUUUCAGUACCUUAAACUGACUGACUUUAUUUUGUUAUGUAGUUUAAUUUGUUGUCUUCUGUUUGCCAUAAUUCGCGCCGCCGACUUGUAGAAUAUUACUGUAUGUUAUCGAUGUUGGAUAUUUUUCUAUGAUAAAUGUUUUUACGUGAGCGAAAACAUUCAUUUUGUAUGGAAAAUCGUCAUUCCAACAUUUCUACGAAAUUAUCUACGCGUACUCGAUGCUUUUUGGUUGGAAAGACCUAUAUACAGGGUGUCCCAGAAGUCGACGUC